GGCUUGCCUGCGCGCUCCUUUGCCAAGGCGACUGCGGUAGCUCCGAAAAAAAAAAAAGAAAAACAAGCGAGCAGAAGCUGAGGAGACAAGACGGUCCACAGUUUACCUCCACAUCACAAGAUCACGUUUUUGGAUCAGGAAACCUCGCGCCCUGUCGGGUUGUAUUAACGUCGGAGACGGUUGAGGAUAUAAAUUAAGAGGGGGACAAAAGGAUGCAGCAAAUUUGAGUGGUGACGGAUCUCCACACUCUCCACUUUUCUCAUCUCUGGAGAAAUUCAAGUUGGAGGGGGGGAGCAGAGUCCUGCAUUCCCCUCCUCAUAAUCUGAGUCUCUUUGGGAAAGAAUCAACGGCCUAUACCUGGAUAAAGCGGUCAUCCUCUGUCAUAACACCUGGCUCAGCACAGCUCAUCUUUCGCCCGAGGAUCCCAAAGUCUGCAGGAGACUCACUUUUGACCUGCUGGUCCCCCACCAGGCCCCGUCCUAACUCCCUCCCCCUUCCCCGCCACCAUGGUGCUGUCACAACGGCAACGAGAUGAACUAAAUCGAGCAAUAGCCGAUUAUCUACGAUCCAAUGGAUAUGAAGAGGCAUAUUCCACUUUCAAGAAGGAAGCGGAAUUAGAUAAUAAUGAAGAACUGGAUAAGAAGUAUGCAGGCCUCUUGGAAAAAAAGUGGACCUCAGUCAUCAGAUUACAAAAGAAGGUGAUGGAGCUUGAAUCAAAACUGAAUGAAGCUAAAGAAGAAAUCACCCUGGGCGGACCCGUCAGUCAGAAGCGUGACCCCAAAGAGUGGAUCCCCCGUCCCCCUGAAAGAUAUGCGCUGAGCGGCCACCGCAAUCCUGUCACCCGUGUCAUCUUCCACCCGGUCUUCAGCGUCAUGGUGUCGGCCUCUGAGGAUGCAACAAUAAAGGUGUGGGACUAUGAGACAGGAGACUUCGAACGCACACUGAAAGGCCACACAGAUUCAGUGCAGGACAUCUCGUUUGACCAGACUGGCAAGCUGCUGGCAUCCUGCUCUGCAGAUAUGACCAUCAAACUGUGGGACUUCCAAGGCUUUGAGUGCAUCAGGACCAUGCAUGGCCAUGACCACAAUGUUUCAUCUGUAGCCAUCAUGCCCAACGGAGAUCACAUUGUUUCUGCCUCGAGGGACAAAACCAUUAAAAUGUGGGAGGUGGCAACUGGCUACUGUGUGAAGACCUUUACGGGCCACAGGGAGUGGGUUCGUAUGGUGCGCCCCAACCAGGACGGCACGCUGAUCGCCAGCUGCUCCAACGACCAGACCGUCCGUGUGUGGGUCGUGGCCAACAAAGAAUGCAAGGCCGAGCUGCGGGAGCACGAACACGUGGUGGAGUGCAUCUCAUGGGCUCCAGAGAGCGCAAAUCCCACCAUCCUAGACGCCACAGGCUCCGAGUCCAAGAAGAGUGGGAAGCCCGGGCCAUUCCUGCUGUCUGGCUCCAGGGACAAAACCAUAAAGAUGUGGGAUGUAAGCACUGGGAUGUGCCUUAUGACACUGGUUGGACAUGAUAACUGGGUGCGCGGCAUCCUCUUCCAUCCCGGAGGCAAGUUUAUUGUGAGCUGUGCUGAUGAUAAGACCUUAAGGAUCUGGGACUACAAGAACAAGCGCUGCAUGAAGACCCUGAGUGCCCACGAACACUUUGUUACCUCUCUGGAUUUCCACAAGGCUGCUCCCUUCGUGGUCACUGGCAGCGUAGAUCAAACAGUAAAAGUCUGGGAGUGUCGUUGAUUUGGACCUGGGAGGACUGGACCACACCCCUCCCCAAUCCCCCUACCCCCAAACCCCCCGCCCGCACAUCUUCACCUCCCUCCGGCUGCACUGGUCAUCUACACUUAGCGCUCUCUGGUCCGAUAACUUUUUGUCCUUCCGUGUAAAUUAUUCCUGGAUGUAGAUCGAGCUAAUAAAUGUUACACAAAAAAAAAGUAUUCUUGCAUGGUAAUCCAAAAUUGUAUACUGUAAAUUUACAUAACGUUGUCUAGAAGUACCAUAGGUUUUAACACAGGGCUGAGCGUUUGUUCCUGCAGCCCUCCCGACCAGCUGAAGGCAGAUGGUGUUUAAAAUAAAACAACAAUAAAAA